CUACUUCCACACAACAACAGAACAGAUUAGGCGCGCACGCAAGCACGCACACCAAAGCUUCAUUCCUUGGCUUCAAUGGCGUUCCCUCUCUCUCCCUCCCUCAACCUUUCCAUUGCUCCAACCAGCCGAAUCACAUGCUUCUCCAAGAAGCAACACGCGAAGGAAGCGGCGGCGGCGGCGGCGGUGGUCACCUCGGCGGAGACGAUAAUGAAGCGGUUAAGGAGUGUGGUUCCGGUCGUGAUUGCGUCGGUUCAGAUUAGUGCCUUGGUUCUGGUGGUUGAUUACGUGUCGUAUCCCGGUGCUGCCGAAGCGGUUCUGUAUUCGCCGGAUACGAAGGUUCCGAGGACCGGAGAGGUUGCUCUCAGGAGAGCCAUUCCUGCCAAUGCCAGCAUGAAGGCUAUACAGAAUCUAACAAGACUUGGGUGGUGGAGAGCCAAUCAGCCAGAAAGAGACUCAGAUUGCAAAUGGGUUUACACUUUACAAGAUAAAAGUACAAUUCUAAUGGAACGGUGGAGUGCUACAAGGCCAGGCUGUUGCAAAAGGGUUCACCAAGCUGAAUGCUUGGAUUUCCAAGUAACCUUUGUGCCAGUAGCAAAGAUUGUAUCAGAUCGAGUUUUCUUGUCAUAGCAUUGCCAAAAGGA